AUGCCGCCUUCAUCCCUCCGAAUUGAGCUUCCUGCGUAUUGCCACUCUUUCCAAGUGCGGGUCACCCCCACCUCCACCAUCCGCGAUGUGAAGCAGGAGAUAGCGAAGGCUUGUCCGGGGUCACCAAGUCCGGAUGGUCAGCGACUAGUCUGGCAAGGCCGCUUCUUGAAGGAUGAUGAGACCGUUGAGCUCCUAUGGAAGACCUCUGAAGAGGUUCAGGUCAUCCAUCUUGCCGUGCAUCCUUCUGCUUGGAGGACGUUGCCCCACGCCUCACCACCUCUGAUCGCAUUGUUCACUCUUCCUCGCCUCUCCCCAUCUCGACCCUCUGCUCAAUCCCAACAAUCCUUUACCUAUCUGCACUAUCUCCACAGCAUGUCUCUGUCUGUUCUCUCCUGCGGGGCUGUUCCGCUGCCCACCGUUCCAAAUGUAAACGAAUUGGAAGUGUGGCGUUCGAACGCCCAGGACUUCCAUCGUAGCCGAGGGUGGCAAUGGCCAGCCAUCUACAACCAGCCGUUUCCCUCUGGAUCGCCAGAACCUGGAGCCGAGAACAGGGGACUGCCCUACCUUCAACUCGUAUCACCAGAUAUCCCACCGACUCCUCCCCAAACGCACGCGUUGGAGGUCCUCUCGCACACCUUCGCCACACUGUCGAUGGUGAAUGAUCCCUCUUUGUAUGCUCCUGUCAAUCCUUCCCCCUACCCGCCGCAUCCAUUUGUUGCGGCCACGGACGUCAACCAACAUCUCCAGCAACUGGGCCUGCCCGCGCUCCGAGCAGCUCAGAACCAAGGUCUCAAUCCCAACCCUGUUGAUGCAAACCCAAUGGGUCCACCUGGCGUUCCAGCCCCCGAGAUCCGUGCCAUUCCGGCCCGCGCGCUGUUGAUCCCCCUCAUGUUUAUCGCGUUCCGCGCGCGGCCGCUCUUGGGUCUAGCCCUGAGCCUCUAUAUCCUCUACGAGACGUGGAACGCCCUCCACGUCGUCCUCCGCGACGGCAACCUCGACCGUGACCGCAAUGCCAAUGCCAACGCCAACGCCGCAGGCGGCGCCCCCGCCGCCCCCGGUGCCCCCGCCGCGCAGCCCGCCGCCGACGGUUUCACCACGCAGGCCGUCCUCGACCGCCUCUCCACCAUGAACCUCCCAGCCGAAGACGCCAUCCUCGACGCCGACGCGCCCGCACCCGCACCCGCGCCGAGCCUCGUGCACCAGGCGAAGACGUUCGUCACCCUCUUCCUCCUCACGCUCCACCCCGCGGCGUGGGACCGCCGGCGCACGGCGCUCCGCCGGCGGGAGGGCCGCGUGCGCACCGAGGUGAACGCGCGCGAGGCGGCCGCGUUCGACGCGCAGCAGCAGGAGAGCGCGCGGGAGCACCGCGCGGCGCAGGGCGAGGAGGAGCCGGCGGUGAGCGCGGACGAGGCGGCGAAGCGGCGGGCGCGGGAGCAGAUGGUGCAGCGGCACGAGCGGCGGCCGGCGUGGCUGCGCGAGUACGUGCAGCGUGUGCAGUUCACGGAGUGGGUGGACGACCCGUAG